CGCGCACGCACGCACACAGACGACCCCGCCGCCUCUCUCUCCCGGCGCCGCCGAGAAAGCCAGCCUCCCCUUCCCUAACUGGGGCGCGGAAGCUCGGCAAGCCCAGAGCGCAGCCCAGAGCCAACCAAGAAGCGGAAGAAAGCCAGAGGACAAGCCUUCUUUUCCCCCUGCCUGCCGGGCUGGGGCGCCCCAUCCCCCGCCCUGAACCCCGAUCUUUCCCACCCCACCCCUCUGGGUUCCGGGCGGACAGAGCCCAGAGCCUGGUGCGCCCCGGUUUGGAAUCAACGUUUCAGCACUUCGGACAGCGCCCGGGCGUCCGGCCCCUUUGCGUUGGCUAUGGCGAGCGUUCAGCAAGGCGAGAAGCAGCUUUUUGAGAAGUUCUGGCGAGGAACCUUUAAAGCCGUGGCCACCCCACGUCCUGAGAGUAUCAUUGUCGCCAGUAUUACAGCCCGCAAGCCGCUGCCCAGGACCGAAGCCCAGAGCAGCCCCAUGGUUCCAGUCCAGGACGGACCCUCGGAGAAGCUGAGCCAGCGCCUGGCCACUGAGGCCUUGGGCCCCAACAGCUGGGAGAGAGACAAGAGCUGCCGGGAGCUCAGUCCCGCCAGAGCACGCAGCGCCUCCCGCGACAAGGAUUUGACGCCACCGCCCUCCUCCAGGGGGAAGAAGAAAAAGAAGAAAUCCACCAGGAAGAAGAGAAGGAGGUCCCCAUCGUAUAGCCCAUCACCUGUCAAGAAAAAGAAGAAGAAAAGUUCCAAGAAACAUAAGCGGCACAGGUCAUUCUCCAAGAAGAGAAGGCACAGCUCCUCCAGCCCAAAAAGCAAGAGAAAGGAAGAGAAGAGGCACAAAAAACAGUCUCGAAGCAGGCCCCGAAAGUCUCACCGCCACCGCCGUCACCACUGCCCCUCGCGAUCCCAGAGCUCGGAGUCGAGGUCCUCAAGCUGUGAGAACAGGCACCGCGGCCGGUCCCCCGAGGAAGGGCGGAAGUCUCGCCAAAGGCACUCCCGCCGCUGCUCCAAGACCCUCGGCAAGGCCAGCCCCGAGGCCCGGUCCAGCCACCCGCCCAGCCAGCCCCUGCAGAUGCUCAGCCUCCUGUCGGCCAGCGGUGUAAUCACUGGGUCGGGGUCUGCUGCUGACCUCUUUACCAAAACAGCCAGCCCGCUCGCCACCUCCCGAGGACGCUCCCAGGAGUACGACUCAGGCAACGACACCUCCUCGCCGCCCUCCACGCAGAUCAGCUCGACCAGGUCUCGGGGGCAGGAGAAGGGGAGCCCCAGCGGGGAGCUCAGCAAGAGCCGGGACCUCAACAGCGGCAACACCUCUGAUUCAGGGAACUCCUUCACCACCUCCUCACCCCAGAACAAGGGGACCACUUUGGAGAGUCUCUCCCCCACCAGCAGGGGCAGAGAGCCAAGAGGACCGCAGUCGCCAUGCCUGGGCUGCGCCGAGGUGAAGAAGUCCAGUGCGGUCCCCUCCCCAGCCCGGAGCUCCCCCAUGAGAGGGUGCUCCCGCAGCUCCUCCUAUGCCAGCACCCGCUCCUCCAGCCACUCCUCCCGGUCCCCCAACCCCAGGGCCUCCCCCAGGUCCACCCGGAGCCGAUCCACCUCCUCUGGGAAAAGGUCCUACUCGCGCUCACCCAGCUACUCCUCCAAGUCUGGCAAGAGGAGCCCGCCCAGCAGAAGCUCUCGAUCCCGCCGCAGCCCCAGCUACUCCCGCUACAGCCCCAGCAGGGAGCGGGACCCCAAGUACGGUGAGAAGGACUCGCAGCAGCGGGAGCGCGAGCGAGCGCGUCAGAGGCGGAGGUCCUACUCGCCCAUGCGGAAGCGCCGGAGAGACUCCCCGAGCCACCUGGAGGCGCGCAGGAUAACCAGCGCCCGGAAACGCCCCAUCCCCUACUACCGGCCCAGCCCCUCUUCGUCCAGCGGCCUCAGCAGCGCCUCCUCCUGGUACAGCAGCAGCAGCAGCCGCUCAGCCAGCCGCAGCUACUCCCGCAGUCGCAGCUACUCCCGCAGCCGCAGCCGCACCCGGAGCCGGAGCAGGACCCGCACGAGCAGCAGCUCCAGCUCCCGCAGCCCCAGUCUGGGCUCCCGGAGCCGGAGUCGGAGCCGCAGCUACAGCUCAGCAGGCAGCUACUCCAGCACCAGGCGCUAAGCAAGGGCCCUCCUCUGAGCCAGCUGCCUGCGGGGACGGGGCCCAAUCUUUGGGCCAGCCUCCCCCACGCUCUGUCCACCCUGCCUUCUCCUUGGUGACAGACAUUGAGGGCUCCUGGACCCUGUCCUUUCUGUUCUCCUGGGGAGGAGGAAAAGAGGGUACACGCUGCUAAGAGCCUCCACCAGCACCAUCCUGGGGCUCAAUUCAGGCCUGGGCAUAUGAAGAGAAACACCCACCCUCUGUUGGCACACACACACACACAAAACAACCCUCAAGGUUUUAUAAGAAGCAAUGGGUCCGUGACUCCAACACUUGGGCCUGGCCAGGAAGAUGUAGAUGGUUCUGCUCACACACUGCUCCCGGCUGCAUACGGAAGGGCGGGGCUCAUUCGUCCCACCUGCCCUCCUUCUCCCCUCAUUCAGUCUUGUGGCUGCAUGUCCGUGGACCCAUCCCUCGUGGGGAUGUCGGUGGGGGUGGGGGGAUUAGAAGAGAUCAACAGCAAUUCAACUCCAGGAGAUGGGCUCAGGCCGGCCACCUCCCCAAACAGGCCAGAGCAAAGGCUAGAAGGCUCUGGAAUCCCAGAAGAGGGGAUGCACAUGAGUAGGGGACAUGGACAUUCCAGCUGACGGUAGGGUCCUCUGAUAAUGAGUGUGGAAACGCAGAGGAAGGGUUCAGGCCACUGCUCCCCAUAUGCCAGCCUGGUCGGAAAAUCAGACCAGCAGGUUCCAGCAAAGGAGAGGCCGCCACAUGGCUUACACGAGAUGCCCCCUGACUACUCACAGAGACCCUGCGACCUCACUGAGAAAGGACACAGAGGACAGUCGGGACAGCAUGGUCUACACCCCCAUUUCCCAAAUGUGUCCCGGCCCCACUUGCUGGCACCAGCUGAAUUCCACAGGACCAUCUGCCGCCCGUCCCCCAGUGCCAUGGCCAGCUGCCAUCCGCAGCGCCAGCCCGUCUGGCCUUACCCUCCGGCUGGCGCCUGCCUGCCCCUCCACACCGCCCAGAGUGCCACACCCUGGAUCCUACCCAAUGCAGCUGAACGAGCACCCACCCACCCUCAUCCUAAACCACCCCCUUUGCCUCAGGAAUUUUGCCAGGCUGGGGCGCAGCAGCUCAGGUUUGAGGGGAAAGGCCCACAUUCAGAGGGUCAGCGUCCAUGUCUUGGGCUCCCCCUGGCUUCAGAAGUUCCUUGUCAGCUUGGGGAAGUCCCACCGGUGUUUCUGGCGCCGGCCCACCUUCCCUUGCGUGAGGCCAGGCACUGAGGGCGAGUCCAUCUCUGACACAAACACCAGCAGCUGCUCCAUCCACAGAAGUAACUGAGGACAGGGGUGUGGGAGAAAGGAUCCUUAAAAUAACCUGGGGCAUCCCCCCCACCAGCUAACUGGCUUUCUGGAGCCUCGCGGGUGAAUUUCGAGCUUGCGGUGGCAACAGCAGCAGGGCAGGACGUGGAGGGAGCGAGAGGAGGCAGCUCCCAGCUCUGGCUCUGGCUUUGUGGAAGCAGGGAUCAAGGACUCUUCAUCUCUCACGGCGCACGCAAGACAUUUGGCGGGAAAAAAUCCUUUUGUUUGGAAGCAGGGCCCCGCCCCUCCCCGGUCUUUGCCUUCGCAUCAGCCCAGUGGGGCCAGAAACUGCCCUGAACCACGCCGAACGUCCUUCCUCCACUGGGAGAGCGGAGCACGGUUGUCCCGGCAGCCAAGGAGGGCCCGCCUUCCCACGAUGCCCUCUGGCCCAGACCUGGGCCCUGCCCGCCAAGGCUUACGGAUGCCGAUGCUGUCACCGCGGAAGGCCGAUGGCAGGCGCCCCAGGAGGGCAUGUACAGCAAGUGUAAAUAAAUAACCCUCUUCCCUGCCCAGGCUCCCUGCUGGACGCCAGUCUCCCCUCACGGAGACAGAGGCUCCCCGGAGCGGAGCCUCGCUUCGCAGCCUCCUUGGCAGGACCGAGGUGAGAGGCCCCAGGGCCUCGCAUUCAGACUGCCUCCAUUGACGCAACUCUAGGGGACCGUCUCGCCUGGGGCUGCUAGCAGACCUUUUAUUUAUUGUAUGUAUUUAUGUUUAUUUAUUUAUUUAUGUGAUGAGAUCUUGCUCUGUCCCCAUUAGCAGUAUUCAACUAUUUAUUUACAUGGAGAGGUUGUGUGUGUGUGUGUGUGUGUGUGUGUGUGUGUGUGUGUGUGUUUGGGGAGCAGGGGGUCUUCUAAAUUAUUUCUGUGCAUCUCUCUUUCCCCUCCUAUCUCUGUAGGUGGGAUUUGACAAGCCGGGGGUGGGCGGGGACGUUGCUCUUUCCCCUGUAGGUGGGACCCCCUGAGCCGUAGGCCCCAGCACGUCCUGGAGGUGGCCCGGAAGCAUUUCAGGCCCCCAGGUGCCUUGCUUGGCCCUCCAUCGGUGAGGUCCAGGCCUGCGCCCCAGCCCCUGCCCUCCAGCUGCCUCACUGAGGUACCAAAAAAAAGAAAAUGGACAAGAAGCUUAUGAGCUAAGGCACUGAACUGGCACAGUGGAGUCACAGUUUACGUGGGGGCUGGCGUCUACAGUUAGUGUGGAAGGCGAAACCCGCACAGAGUCAAAAUCACCCGUGAAAGUGCCCCAGGCAGCCCACGGGAGACAGAGGUGCCGCCUCUCGGGGGGCUGGUGAGGCUUCCUUCCGUGGGUGCGUAUCGAAGCCGCUGCCUGCGUUUGGAGCCCACGGUGGCUGGGAGUGGCGCGGGGUCCACACUGGGACCCCGUGCACUUGGCUCAGACGAGAAGCUCAAACCUGGAGACCAAGGCAAGGGAUGUGACAAAGAGAAGGGGAGAUGCCUAUCUUGGUCUCAGCCUUAUGCCACGGCAGGUAUUAGUGGGCAGGGUCCCUCCUGGGCCUCUCUGAGCCUACCUGGUUGGUUUCCUGUCGGUUCCUCGGGCUUCUGUCUCCUGGCGCCACUUCCUCCCCCUCCCCUGCGAUGCUCUGUUCCCUCUGCAGUGGACCUGCUGCCUUGUGACGGGGAUUCGGCCCCCCAGGGAGAGGUGCACACACCCAAAGCGAAAGCCCUUUUUUGUGCGUGGUCUCUUGCUGUUUUCUCCCUCGAGAGAGAGCAAAGAUAUUUUUGAAGUUAAAAAAUAAGGUAAAAGGAGCAGCGACAGGUCCCCCACAAGAAGGUCAUCUCAGGCGCAUCCUGGGGAGCAGGACCUAGAGGUCGUCACUGGCUCGCCUCUCUGAGCAACCAGCAGUGGUUGGUGGCGGGAGACGGCUCCCUCCCUUUGCAAAGUCACUCUUCUUGCCCGGAAACAGGCAGCUCGGCUGGGCCAGCUUUGGGUUUGGUGGGCCUGUGGUUCCUCGGGUCCUGUGACUCUGCCCUGCCUUAGCCCAAGCCGCCUGAGCAAAGGAGUCCCCCUGGCUGGGGGAAGGUUUGCCCGAAGGCUGCUCGAGCGCCCCCUGGGGGAGAUCUUCGUCCCUCCCGCUCACUUGGUGUGCUGCUCUCGUUUCCCUUACAUGUUCUGUGUUUUCCCCUCCAAACAUAGAAACUCGUGUUGGGGCACCGGCAACCUUACUUUUGACCAGAACUCCCGAUCCCCGGCACGGCUCUGUCUCGGCCUGCCCUCAUUACUCCCUGCUCCCGGUAAUGAGACAGGCUGCCGGAACCCGCUCCCGAGGAGGACCGAGUUCGAGAACCAGUCCGGGAAUCGGGGGGCAGAUGUGGCCUGAGGUCAAGGACAGGCAGUCCCUGACCUUCCUGCUACCGGUAUUCGUUCACGGAGCGACCGACUGAGCCUGGGCCAAUCGCCCCUUUUCUCUGGGCUGCGGUGUCCCCCUUUGAGACGCGGAGGAGUUUCUGAGAUACGACCCAAAGUGACCACCCGAGCCCUGGGCCGUUCUUCAAGGACAGACUGAGCUCACGGAGACGUAGAGAAAGAAGGACAAACAUCCCGGAUUGUUUUUAGGAGGGUCUUCAUCACGAGAGUGAAAGCCAGAAGCAGUAUGCAACUUCCCUCUCGUUAAUGAAGAGAAAGCUAACUGGUCCCAAGCCCCCACCCAGGGACGUUUCUAGUCCAUCCAGGUGCGACUCCAUCCCUGUACUUCCUCCCUCCCUUUGAAGGAAAGUCCGUCUUUCAGAAGGAAAACGAGAUUCAGAUGUCCGGGGGACACAGGGUCUCCGUCUCAGAGGCCCCGUCGCUGGCUUGUUCUGACCCAUCUUUCCCAGAAGGCUUUGCGUAACGAGGCCAAAAUUCAGGGUGCUCCCAGAGGUUCGGAAGCACUUGUUUUUUCUCCAAGUCCUACUUCUGUCUUUUCUUCUGCCAUAUUCUCCUCCCCAAAUACCCAAAGUACUCUCACGUGCAUAUCUCUUGCUUUUCUCUCCAGCUAAAUAUAAAAAUUUUGUCUCAUAAAAAAAAUUAAAAACCUCUAGCGUUCCUUAAAAACUCGCCGCGUCCUGCACCGGCCAGCCCCAGCCCAGGCGCGGCGCCCGUGCUGGGAAGCAAUGCUGAUCGCAGCCUCUUCCUCCCUUCUCACUGCCACACCCACCUGCGCUGAGGCCCGGAGAGUUGUCCUCUCCCCUCCAUCUGGGGCCGGGUUUUGUUUGUUUGUCUUUACUUUCUGAGGGUUGUUCUUUAGAGGUGGUUGCUUUGCAUUGUAAAUACCAUCAUGGGGAUCCCUCAUCAGAACAUUGCUUCUUUAAUAAUUUAUUUCCUAUUUAUUGAGUGGUACUGGGAGAGGAGAGGGACUCUUCCUGCCCCUGAAUUGCUGAUGGAAACCGGCCCAGCUCCCAGCUCCCAGCUCCCAGCUCCCAGCUCCGGGGCGGCUGCCUGCAGAGGGGGCGUGCUGGCCCAGGUAAUGAGAGCUAGAAUCACCCGGCAAAUUGGAAUCGGCAGAAACGGAGGUUUCAGUCAUACAAAUUAAGCUCAAAUGGAACUAAAACACUGGUUAACUCCGGGAAAACCUCAUUUAGAUGGAAAUUAAUUGAGGAAUAAAAUGCCUGCACACGAACCAACUUCUAUUAAAAAGUCCCAGCUCCUUGGGAAG